CAGCCCGACCCGCACCUGGCCAUUCCAGCGUCCACAAUCACUGCUAACACGAAGGCGCCGGCCAAUUUUCCUCCUCCCAAGACGGACAAGCCUCGCCCGCACGUUUACGGCACCUGUCAGCGCUCCUUCGCCCGAUUAGAACAUCUCAAGCGACACGAGCGCUCCCACACCAAGGAGAAACCCUUCGAGUGUCCCGAAUGCGCACGAUGCUUCCCCCGCCGCGAUCUGCCUCUACGUCACCAGCAGAAACUACACCAGACCUCGACGUCGUCGUCACGUCCCCGCAAUCGUCGCGACACUGCUAGCGGCGUCGCCCCCGGCCAGAACCGAGCUCGCAAGAUUUCCCAGGCGGCUGUGAGCUCAACAAAUGCCUGCUAGCUGUCGCCCCCCACACACACCACCACAGCCCACUAAAACACAACUGCCCACACGCCCAUAUAUACGGAGGUCCAUUUCAAAAGUCUUUGCUCACGCUAAGGACGCCACAUCCUUUAAUCCCUGUCAGGUACUUGACAGUACAUAAGACGUAAUGUAGCUACAGGUGAUUGCCCG